UCAAACGAGUCUUUAUUUAUUCACACAACAACUGGAUACCGAGACGACAGACAUGUAAUAUUCAUUUUUCCGACUAUAAUAUUCCGGCAAAUCAAAAUUUUCAAAGAGUUCUUACACAUUGCUGAAAGCGGAGCCCACCAAAAUGAUCGGAAGAAUGUCAAUCUGUCGCACGCCCCUUCAUUAUUUGGGAAUGCUGCGUCCUACUUUGAGAUCCACACAGCUGUCGCCUCUGGCGGCACAACGCCUUAAGCAUGAUACGGGCGACUCGGGAGAGGAGCCAUCGGCCAAGGGCCGCCCUCGCCUUCGACAGGUGAAACUCAUUGAAGUGCGACGGGGCUCUGGUAAGGGAGAAAACCCGAUCAGAGAUGGUGCAACGACUAGCGGACUGAGGACAAAGUCCGUGGGCCUCGAAAGCGAGGAAGCAAAGAAUGAACCCAUGGGUGAGGCAAAGGACGAACCCAUGAGUGAGGCAAAGGACGAAGUCUUCAAUGAAGCAAAGGAGGUUGCCUUAAUGAGUGCCUCGAAGGAUGAACCCAUGAGUGAGGCAAAGAAUGAACCCAUGAGUCAGGCAAAGAAUGAACCCAUGAGUCAGGCAAAGAAUGAACCUAUGAGUGAGGCAAAGAAUGAACCCAUGAGUGAGGCAAAGAAUGAACCCAUGAGUGAGGCAAAGAAUGAACCCAUGAGUCAGGCAAAGAAUGAACCCAUUAGUGAGGCAAAGAAUGAACCCAUGAGUCAGGCAAAGAAUGAACCCAUGAGUGAGGCAAAGAAUGAACCCAUGAGUCAGGCAAAGAAUGAACCUAUGAGUUACGCUAGGGACGAACCCAUCAGUGAGGCUAAGAACGAUGUCUUCAGCGAAGCAAAGAAGGUAGCCUUUAUGAGUGCCACGAAGGAUGAACCCAUUAGUGAGGCAAAGAAUGAACCCCUCUGUGAAGCCAAGGACGAAGCCUUCACCGGUGCCCAGCACGAACCCAUGGCUGAAGCAAAGGACUCACCCCGCAGUGAAGCCCAAGAUGAAGCCUUCACCACCGAAAUCCCCCAAGAGCGUAGACAGGAGUCUCCCUUCGAGUCCAGGCCCGAGCUACCCAUGGAGAGGCAGCCAGCCUUGCCCGCAAAGACAUCACCGGGCGAGGUGAAUCCCAAGAAUCCCUAUCACAUUGUGACAUGUGAACAGGAACAGGAUACGGAGCCAUCGAAUGCAGAAGUCCCCGAAGGUAAAGUGAAGGUAUCCGGCACGAUCAUCUUUAAGGACAGCUCGAAUUUUGAGACCAAAUCUUUGGAAAUUCUGGCAAACGUACCAACGCCCACAGGAGAGUCGUUGAAUGUUUGGUCACAGUCUUGUGCCCCAGAGAAGGAGGAUUCCGGUGCCGCGAAGAACGUCAAUGACACGAAGGACGAGGAAGCGCAGAUUAUUUUGGAAUUUGAUGCCGAUACGUCAACUACAAAAGGAAAUAUGGAUCUUAAAGUCAAUGCCUCUAAGACCGAAGAGAUUCUCAACUCUGACACGCAGAACAAGAUCGACGAAAAGCAGGCAACGAUUGAGGAUCUAUAUCCAACGACCCCAAAAGGAUACGAGAUUGGUUGUGUGGUAGAUCUAAGCGACAUAGUCCAGAGCACCAGAGAUGAACAAAACGUGGAAGCCAUUGUUCCUGAAACUGAAAAUCUCGAUGAUAAGAUUCAGAUAUCCUCUUCAGCAGAAACCACCAAUAGAUUACCCCGUACGAUCGUAAGGAAAACGGAUGAUUCGCCCGCAAAAGCCGUAGAAGCAGUGAACGAAGAACAAGCCGUAGAAGCCAUUGUCCCAGGAACUGAAAAUCUGGAUGAUAAGAUCCAGACAUCCUCUACAGCAGUGGACGAAGAACAAGCCGUGGAAAAAGUGGAAACCAUUGAAAACCCCGAAGAGAUAGCCAUCAAAUCACCCACCAAUAGAUUACCCCGUAUGAUCGUAAGGAAGAAGGAUGAUUCGCCAAUCCAGACACCCACCAAUAGAUUACCCAUUCAAUGGAUAAAUGAGGAUGGUUCCCCCGCGAAAGUCGCAAAAACCGUAGAAGCAGUGAACGAAGAACAAGCCGUGGAAGCCAUUGUCCCUGAAACUGAAAAUGUAGAUGAUAAAAUACAGACAUCCUCUACAGCAGCACCCACCAAUAGAUUACCCCGUACGAUCGUAAAGAAAACGGAUGAUUCGCCUGCGAAAGCCGUGGAGGCAGUGAAGGACGAACUAUCCGUAAAAGCCGUUGUCCCUGAAACUGAAAAUGUAGAUGAUAAAAUGCAGAUAUCCUCAACAGCAGUUAAAGAAGAACAGGCCGCGGAGGCCGUGAAAAAAGUGGAAGCCAUUGUCCCUGAAAGCCCCGAAGAGAUAGUCAUCAAAUCAGCCACCAAUAGAUUACCCCAUAUGAUCGUAAGGAAAAAGGAUGAUUCGCCCGCGAAAGCCGAAGAAGCCGUAAACGAAGAACAGGCCGUGGAAUCCUCAGAAGAAGUGGAAAUCAUCGCUGAAAACUCCGAAGCCUUCAAAUCUCCCUCCAAUACCUUACCCCUUAGGAUCGUUAGGGAUGAAAAUGAUUUUCCCGUUGAGCCAGUUUUUAAACAGUUAAUACCAUCAUCAGAGUUUAAGACGAAUAGGGAUGCACCGCCCGAAGAGUCCUACUCUUGGAAAGAUAAAUCCAAAGAAAACAUAGAGUUUAUCCAGACUAAAAAAGUGUUUAAAAGCGAUAUGGAAGAGGAAUUAGCGGCACCAACAUCGAUGGACUUGAGUCCUGAGAAAGCUUUGAAGAAAGUUGAGGUAGAAACUUCGGAAGCUAAAGAAUUUAAGUCGGAGAUGAAUGAACUGCAAUCGGAGACCAAAGAACUUCAAAUGGAGAUGAAUGAGCUGCAAUCGGAGGCCAAAGAACUUCAAAUGGAGAUGAAUGAGCUGCAAUCGGAGACAACAGAACUUCAAUCGGAAAUGAAUGAACUGCAAUCGGAGACAAAAGAACUUCAACCGGCGAUGAAUGAGCUUCAAUCGGAGGCAACAGAAGAGAAAUCAGAGUCUACAGAAGUCCAGAACACUCCCAAGUCCGCUGCAGAGAUAAUCUCCAUGAUGGAACAGAAGCACAAAGACCAGAAAUCCAUGAUCCUUGCCAACAGGUCCCAUGAUUACCCCUCGAAAUCCACAUCCCAAAUAGUUGCAACAUUUGGCCUGAGACCCGAACCCGGUCAAGGAUUCAGGGCCAAAGGACAGCUGAACAGAACCGAGCUGGACAGACAAGCUGAUGAAUACUUUGCGUACAUCAGUGAACCGGUGACGUCACAACGGGCGACGAAAAUGGAACCGGAACCCUCAGAAUUGGAAAAGAAAAUGGAACCAGAAAACUCAGAAUUGGCGAAAUCAAUAGAAGCAGAAACCUCCGAACUGGACAGAAAAGUACAACAAGUGGAGACAGCAGAAGAAUCAAACAGAAAAGCCGAAGAAUACUUUGAGAAGAUCCACUAUCCGGAGACCUCAGCAUUGGAACCAGAAAUCGCUGAACUUAUGAAGAAAAUAGAUUUGGAACAAUCACAAUUGGAGAUGAAAAUGGAACCAGAAACCUCCGAACUGGGCAGAAAAGUAGAAAAAGUGGAGACAGCAGAAGAAUCGAACAGAAAAGCCGAAGAAUACUUUGAGAAGAUCCACUAUCCGGAGACCUCAGCAUUGGAACCAGAAAUCGCUGAACUUAUGAAGAAAAUAGAUUUGGAACAAUCACAAUUGGAGAUGAAAAUGGAACCAGAAACCUCCGAACUGGGCAGAAAAGUAGAAAAAGUGGAGACAGCAGAAGAAUCGAACAGAAAAGCUGACGAAUAUUUCGCGAAGAUCCACGAUCCGGAGACCUCAGCAUUGGAACCAGAAAUCGCUGAAUUUAUGAAGAAAAUAGAUUUGGAACAAUCACAAUUGGAGAUGAAAAUGGAACCAGAAACCUCCGAACUGGGCAGAAAAGUAGAAAAAGUGGAGACAGCAGAAGAAUCGAACAGAAAAGCCGAAGAAUACUUUGAGAAGAUCCACUAUCCGGAGACCUCAGCAUUGGAACCAGAAAUCGCUGAAUUUAUGAAGAAAAUAGAUUUGGAACAAUCACAAUUGGAGAUGAAAAUGGAACCAGAAACCUCCGAACUGGGCAGAAAAGUAGAAAAAGUGGAAACACCAGAAGAAUCGAACAGAAAAGCUGACGAAUAUUUCGCGAAAAUCAACAAACAUACGAUCCCAGAACUGGAACCUGAAAUUUCGAAAUUCAUGGAAACCUCAAAUUUGCCGAAGAAAAUUUUACCAGAUUUCUCCAAGCUGUACAAAAAAUUUCAAAAAGUGGAGACGCCAGAAGAAUCCGAGAGAAAAGCUGAAGAAUAUUUUGCGAAGAUCAGCGCACCGGAAACCUCAGAAUUGGCAAAGAAAAUGGAACCGGUAAAAUCAGAAUUGGCAAAGAAAAUUGAACCAGAAAAAUCAGAAUUGACGAAGAAAAAGGCAGCAGAAACCUCCCAACUGGGCAGAAUAGUAGAAAAAGUGGAGACGCCAGAAGAAUCCGAAAGAAAAGCUGAAGAAUAUUUUGCGAAGAUCAGCGCACCGGAAAUCUCAGAAUUGGCAAAUAAAAUGGAACUAGAAAAAUCAGAAUUGGCGAAUAAAAUGGAACCAGAAAAAUCUGAAUUGGCGAAUAAAAUGGAACCAGAAAAAUCAGAAUUGACGAAGAAAAAGGCAGCAGAAAGCUCCCAACUGGGCAGAAAAGUAGAAAAGGUGGAGACACCAGAAGAAGCCAACAGAAAAGCCGAGGAAUACUUUGCGAAGAUCAACGAUCAGGAGACCUCGCUGGACAGACAAGUGGAGGAAUCAAGGCGCACCACGUUUGAAGAAAUGUUCGUCAACUCAAAAUCGAGUCAAUACUUUAACGAAAUGAACCCCAAACAGGAAACUUAUCGGCUAAAGAGAAACGAAACCUCAAAAAAGGUCGAAAAAGGCUCACAUUUGGAUACAAAACUAGAUCAAGCGAUUAAGGACAUGGCAUUAAACCAAAAAGCUGAGGAAUACUUUGACAUAAUAAAUGAAGCAGAACUCUCGCAACUGGAAGGGAAAAUGGAACCCGAAAGCUCACAAUUGGACAAAAAAAUGAAUCCCGAAACCCCCCAAGAAGAAGAAUCAAGGUCUUUCGAGGAACUGACCACCAAAUUUGUAGUGAGACAUGGGGGGGAAAAAGAGGAAGCCGAUGAGAAAUCAAUGAAAAGGAAUCGAGACGAUGCCAUAGCCGAUAAGCAAGGGGACGACACCAAUGAAGAGCCGCCAUCCGAUAAACCUCUCUUUGUGCCCCCUGAAGAUAAGGACAGGCUAAAGGAGAAAAGUGAACUGUCAGAAGGAGAUCUGUAUAAAAAACAAUCAGAGGAUCCUGUGUCUGACGAUGCGGCAGAAUUUAGUUCAAACUCCGAGCCCGAAAAGAGGCCAGCUCCAGAGAGGAAACGGAAACGCAAGCUGGCGGAUGGAGAACUAGACGUUAAGCUGCUCGUUCCGGAUGAAGCCAAAGAGACUGCCAGCGGGACUUCCCCGGCGAUAGAUGCACCAGCAAAACAGAACUUUGUUCAAUACAUCGUUGAGAAGAUCUUUCGCAAAAAGAAGCCCCCGCCAAAAGGCAGAACAAUGUCCACCUGCUGCCAGAGCCGUGACGUCAGCACAAGCUGUGCUCUGCUUUGCCCUGACAACAAUGACAUAUUCGAUGAUCCGUUCAGUCCAGAAGAGGGCAAGACAAUCGAUCCCAACGAUAAGGACUUCAUUUCGCCCGAUCUGGAGAGGCAGGGUCUGGGCGCCAGGGCCAUACGCACGGACCGCGAAGAGAAUCGGAAACAUGGUCAACCCCAAGCCAUGAAGAUCGAUAAUCCGGUGGGUGUUUGGUCUACAAAGAAAACAAAGACUCCUUUGAAUCAUCAGCCCGGGAUGAGCAUGAGCACGAUGCUCUUUUCCAGCGAUUCAGAUUCCACCAAGAUCCGUGGCGGUUCCAAGCAGUGCAAAAACCGCGAGAAGACAAUGCGCGAAAAGCUAAUGGAAAAGAAAGAGAACAAAGACAAUAAAAUCGAGAUCAUGGGCGGCUCCGAGCAGUGUGCCGAAAAGUUGCAGAAACUCAAAGACGGCUCUGAAGAUGAUGACUGCAAAAGCAGUUUCAGCAGCUUCUUUCAAUUCACAAAAAUGUUCUGGUCUCCUACUCUUUCAGAUUCAGAACCAACCAAAAAGGACAAAUAGAAGAGGCCGCCCUGCCAAUUGAAGCUGUGCUGAUGGAGAGAACUCACAAUCAAAUUACAUAAACUAUAUCCGAUUUAUCUAAAUUAAAUUAUUUCAAUACACUUAAAAGUAACAAAGAAA